GCUACCGGCUACCGGAUCACUUUUGCCAACUCUUUUCCGCGCUUCUGUUAAAGUUUUCGUCGUGCACCUUCUCUAUAUGGUAUUGUGUUUUACGUGUUAAUGUAAAGCUGCGGUGGCGCAGGAAACUACGGGAGCAGGUGGAUGAGUUGUCCGUGGGGACGUCAAGAGCCAUAGCUAGGCCUACAUCACUGACCACACUAUUCUGAGGCAGUGGAUAUAUACAUCAACAGGUAGCACAUGCCCUGAGUGGUGGCUGAGAUGACACGCCCCCGCCGGAUCACCUCGACCAGCCUCCUUCUCUUAAGGAAGCUUUUAUUGGCACUUAUGACAAUACACACAGCUUUGGGGGGAGACAAGACAGAAAGGUGCGGCGGUCGAGACUGCAGCGUCUGCCAGUGUUUCCCUCCCAAAGGAGAGAGGGGGUAUCCAGGUGUGUUAGGUCAGCAGGGCUUCCAGGGGCUUCCAGGUUUGCCUGGGCCCCAAGGAUUUCGUGGCGAAAAGGGUCAACGUGGACUCAUGGGAUUGCCUGGGCUCCCUGGCCCGGAUGGAGACCAAGGCUUUCAAGGAGAUGAAGGCUAUGCUGGAUUAGGUGGAGUGCCUGGUCAUCCAGGGCCUGGUGGUCUUCCUGGGCUUCCAGGGAAGGAUGGCUGUAAUGGAACCAGAGGGCAGCGUGGGUUGAAUGGUGAGAUAGGACAACCUGGCUUCCCAGGACCCAUGGGACUACCAGGGUUAAAAGGAGCCAAAGGAGAUGCGUUUACAAGGAUAAGGUUCCUUCCUGGAACACCUGGUGCCGAUGGACUACCUGGAAUACCUGGACCUGAAGGGCUAAAAGGGAUCUUGGGCCCACAAGGUCCACCAGGACGAAUAGGACCUGAUGGAUCGAUGGGCUUUCAAGGAUUAUCAGGUCCAAGAGGCCCACCGGGAGACCCAGGAAGAUCACUGCCUGGACCAGAAGGAGAUGAGGGGGAACAGGGGGAUCAGGGUGAACCAGGUCCUUUUGAGUAUGUGGAGCCCAAACCAGAAGACUAUGUAAAAGGCGAAAAGGGGAGAAAGGGACAGAAAGGAAUUUGUGGAGCACCUGGCCCAGAGGGUCUUGAAGGGCCUCCAGCAGAAAAAGGAGAGAAAGGCAUAAUUGGUUUACCUGGUCAAAGAGGCCUGCCUGGAUAUCAAGGAAGAAAUGGCUUUCCAGGACUUAAGGGGGAACUAGGGGAUAAUGGUCUCCCUGGUCUAUAUGGCAACCCAGGGCCAAAGGGCUACCCAGGAGACCCCGGAGCUAAAGGAAACCCAAAGUACCAUUACAACAAUAUGAUGGGACCACCUGGAGAUGGUGGGCUUCCUGGUGCAGCCGGACUUCCUGGGGAUAGAGGGCCGAUGGGUAUACCUGGACCGCCUGGUGAUCCAGGAGCAUCUGUAAGAGGUCCAGUGGGUGAAUCUGGUUUGCAGGGUCCUAAUGGACUCAAUGGAGAAAAAGGUGACCCAGGAAAAAUAUACGGGUCAUACUUAAACUAUGGGGAACCUGGAAAACGUGGCCCUCCUGGACCCAAAGGACAAGAAGGAAUUCCUGGUAAUCCUGGUUACUACUGCCUGCCUGGUGAGCGUGGAGAACCUGGACAGGUUGGAAAUGGAGGGUCUCCUGGAUUAAAAGGUGUUCAGGGGAGAAAAGGUCCUGAUGGGGGAUGUGCAUGUGACCCCCUUGGUGAUCUACCUGGUGAUCCUGGCCCCCCAGGCCCUCCGGGUGUCCCUGGUGAUCCAGGGCAAAGAGGGUUCCAGGGUCAUCCUGGUGAUAUCGGACCCAGAGGAGAGAUGGGUGGGAGAGGUGUAACUGGUCCCAGAGGCUUUAUAGGUGUCAGAGGGCUUAAAGGAGAGAAAGGAGUGGUUAUGGUGAUCUGCAAAAGGGGGGAGAAAGGUGACACGGGAUCUAUUGGACCAUCUGGAAAACCAGGGUAUAAUGGGAGGAAAGGGGAUGAUGGGAAGAUGGGUGCCCCUGGAGAUCCUGGAUCUAUGGGGGAUUGUGCUGUUGGUCAGCCAGGUGACAGGGGGUGUCCAGGAGCUGCUGGUGUAAAAGGCCUCAGAGGUCCAACUGGUCCUCCUGGCCCUAGUAUGAUGGGGUCAGUUGGGCGACGGGGGGAACCAGGAGAACCAGGACCUCAAGGCCAGACGGGACCCCCUGGUCCUAAAGGUGUUCAAGGUGAUACCAUGCCCUGUGCACCUGGCAUACGUGGAGCUCCUGGUUCUAAAGGAAUGCCUGGUUGUAAAGGUGAGAUAGGUAAGCUUGGAAAUCCAGGAUGCAAAGGACAAAUUGGACCAGAUGGUCCCAAGGGAGAGAGUGGAGACCCUGGCAAUAUUGGGUUAGCAGGAUUUCAAGGUCCAGUUGGAUCUUUAGGAGAUCCAGGUGACACUGGCCCAGAUGGCACCAGUAUUAGUGGCUCACCUGGCACACCUGGUAAUCGUGGACCCCAGGGUUUGAAAGGGUCUUUUGGAGGCUCUACUAUCGGGGCCCCAGGACCGAUGGGGCCUGCUGGGAUUCAGGGACAUCAGGGCCCUAAAGGUGUCCCUGGAUCUCCUGGACCAAUUGGAUUGCAUGGUGCAUCUGGAGUUCCUGGACUUCCUGGUAGAAAAGGGGGAAAAGGAAUGGAUGGUACACCAGGAGCACCUGGUUGCCCAGGUGGGAGACCAGAGCUGUGUGACACAGGACAAGCUGGUCCACCUGGUAAACCAGGACCACCAGGCUUCAUUGGACAGAGAGGCUGCCUUGGAGAGAAAGGACCACCUGGAGGGGUGGGAUCUCCAGGCAAUGGAGCCAAAGGAGAACAUGGUAAGCCUGGUACCCCAGGCUAUCAAGGACGCGCAGGCCUUCAGGGUCCUUCAGGAUUCAAAGGGGACAGUGGAAACCCUGGAGGCCCUGGACCAAAGGGUUUGCCUGGAUUUCCUGGUCAAGAUGGCUAUCCUGGCUGCAUAGGGAAGACUGGCCCUUUAGGGGCUCCUGGACUGAAAGGCUUUAGGGGUCUCAAUGGACAUCCAGGUUGCGCAGGGGUAAACGGAAACAAGGGCCAGAAAGGACACAUUGGGCCUCCGGGACCUCCAGGAGACAUGAUUUCAGUGCCAGUGAAAGGCCAGCUAGGGCCACCUGGACCUAAUGGGGAGAAUGGGGUCUUUGGAGAAAGGGGUAAUAAGGGUAACCCAGGGUCGCCUGGACAACCAGGGUAUCCUGGACGUAAUGGACCUCCAGGGUUUGAAAGUGGCCAGCGUGGACCGCCAGGCAUUCCUGGGCUGUCUGGCGAGCCUGGUGCACGUGGGCAAUGUGGGCCAAAGGGAAUUGUAGGAUUCCCAGGGGAUAAUGGUGAUCCAGGUGAUCCUGGAAUGUCUGGUCUGCCAGGAACUCCUGGUUUCUCUGGGUUUGAUGGUCCUAAAGGUGCCAAAGGUGAACCUAUUGGUGUGCCAGGACCAGAAGGUGAGAGAGGGCCAAGUGGAGAAAGAGGCUUGUCAGCUCCCCCUGGUGGCAAAGGAGACAAUGGUGACCCUGGUCCACAAGGGCUUAGGGGAUGCUCUGGUCCACCUGGACCACCUGGGAACAAUGGCCUGACUGGACUUCCAGGAGUGGUUGGGCCCCCAGGUCCGUAUGGAAGACAUGGUCCAGAAGGUCCUCUGGGGCCUCCAGGUAAACCGGGCUCUAAAGGAAACCAAGGAUACGGUGGCCUUAGAGGACCUCUGGGACCCCCUGGGCUCCAUGGACUUGACGGCCUGAAGGGGGACAAGGGUGAAAUGGGAUAUCGAGGAGAGGAUUUAAGUGGUAAUAGGGGCAAUGUAGGACGAACCGGAGACAAGGGCACUCCAGGAGACCCAGGGUCGCAAGGUACAUCACAAACAGGUGUUCGAGGUCCAAAUGGACAGCGUGGGAGCCAAGGAGACCCUGGUCCAAUGGGUCCUGCAGGCUUUCGUGGUGAAGAAUGUAAGAUUCCUAAACCUGGACCUAGUGGAGAACAGGGUUACGCUGGGUCAGAUGGACCUCCAGGGCCCAGGGGAGAGAAAGGAGAUGUAGGCAGUGUGUUCACAGAGAGUGGUGAUUUUGGUGACCCAGGUGGUCCUGGGUCACCAGGGUAUAAAGGAGAAAAAGGAACCUGUGGGCCCAGUGGCCUCCCAGGGUCUGAUGGCCUAGAAGGUCCAAAAGGUGAACAAGGACAAUGUGGACUUAUGGGCCUUCCGGGACCCUCUGGCCCUGUAGGUGAUUGUGGACCAGGACCUUGUGGUGCAAAAGGAGACAAAGGGGACCCAGGGGCAAAAGGAGAGCCUGGGGCUGUCAAACGUCCUGAUACUACUUGUCCUGUUUCUCAGGGUCCUACUGGUGCUCGUGGUGCACCUGGCCCGGAUGGUGACAUUGGUGAACAUGGACCUAAUGGCAUUGGGGGUGUGAAAGGUAUAAAGGGACAAAAAGGAGAUAUUGGAUUCUCUGGACGUCCUGGGACAGAAGGACCAGUCGGACAACCUGGAAGCCCUGGAGAGAGCGGCGAAAAAGGAGAAAGGGGCUCUCAGGGACCCCCAGGACAAGAUGGUGAUCAGGGUCCUCCUGGACCAUUUUCCUCCGGCUUCCUUUUGGUGAAGCACAGCCAGUCUGAUGUUGUGCCCACUUGUCCUGAGGGCUUAACAGAGUUAUGGAAAGGCUACAGCCUACUAUAUCUGGAGGGUCAAGAGAGAGCGCACACACAAGACCUGGGCCAGGCAGGUUCAUGUUUGCGUAUGUUCAGCACCAUGCCAUUCUCCUGCUGUAAUAUGGAUAGCUGUGAUUAUGCCAGUCGCAAUGACAAAUCCUAUUGGCUGUCUACAAAUGCCCCAAUUCCCAUGAAUUCUAUUCUGAGGGGGAUGGAAAUUCAACCACACAUCAGCAGAUGUGUGGUGUGUGAGGCGUCAUCGCCAGCCAUGACAUUACACAGUCAAGACGGGAUUAUACCAAGCUGUCCAUCUAAUUGGAGAAGACUCUGGUUUGGAUAUUCAUUCCUUAUGCAUACAGGAUCAGGGGACGAGGGAGGUGGACAGUCUCUGACAUCGACAGGAAGCUGUUUGCAGGACUUCCGCAGUCAGCCGUUCGUGGAGUGCCAAGGUUCGUAUGGCACGUGCCAGUAUUCCCCCACCUUCUUCAGUUUCUGGCUGACUAGAGCGAACAUGCAGCACUUUGACUCGGUUCCUCUCAGUACUGUGCUCAACGGACAGAACCAGCGCGACGGCAUCAGCUCAUGCAGCGUCUGCAUGAAGAACAACUGACACACGUCACUAGUGUUUUCUUAAAAAAACUGCACUGAGAAUGCACAUCAAUAGUGGAAGUGAUUGACAUGCUUUUGGUCACUUUUUUUGGAGAAGAUAAAAAGGACAUAAUUUGUGACCUUUUUGUUGAACUGCAGGCUGUGAACUUUUUACUUCACUGGAUUCGUUCUCGCAUAGCUCAGUCUAACAUGACUUCCUUUGUCUUCUCGUUUGUAUUACAUUUUGGUGCUAGCAAAAUCCAAGACCAUUUGCACAAAUACCUAUAUACCAAUGUUCAUUUUCUCCCUAGUAUCAGCAAGUAUUGUGUUUGUGCACAUCAAAACAUUAUCAACGCAAUAUUAUAUUGGUAUUACCAUUAUUAGUAUGCCAUUUUUAACCAAAACGUAUCAUGAAUACUGAACCUUGAGAACAAAUGAUCUCGCAUGAUCCAGUGAAAUCAAAUAGGAAUGUCUGGUAGCGGCAGAUAGCUAAAUUGCUAUUGCUGUGGCAGGUAGGUAGAGGGUUUAUUUUCUGUAUAGAAAUCAACAAAUGACUGUUUUUUCCAAAGUUUUCUACACUUUGAUUUUAAACCAAGUAUUGUGCGGAAUUGAGAUCCAGUCACAUUUAUCGUUAUUUGGUGAAUUUUUGUGGGUGGAAUCCAGUCGUUUCAAUAGAAAUCCAAGCUAUUUCACUUAAAGGUGAGAUUUUACUACGCAGGUUUCGCAACUGGUUCACUACACUAUUAACAAUGGACUUUUUUGCCUGUGAAAUAUUACCGCAAUUUUGCUAAUGUGACAACAUCUUUACUGUUUAUUGCUCUUUAACUGAACUAAGAAAUUAGAGAAAACCAAGACACUAUUUUUUAGCUGUUGAUUUGUAAAAUGAUUAGGAAGAUUUAGUCAUUUGAGAGACGCAUCUCAAGCGACAUUCAAGUCAUGUUAUCAGUAGUAUGCCCCUUAUGAAAAUUAACCGUGGUUUUACUACAAAUAAAACCAAAAAAACAUGGUUAUAUUGUAGUUACACUACUCUGAGCUCAUGAUGAAAACAUACCUGUGGGAACUUUUUUGCGAAAUGCGUAGAACCAUGUACGUUUCGUGACCCAUUCGAUAUGAAAUGUCCACUGAGUCCCCGGAACUGAUGAACGUAAAUAUGGUACGUUUUAUGACGUUGGUUUUUUACGUGUUUUUACCACAGUUCUGAUUUGAAAUGUCUGUUGAGUGGUGCCAUGACCUUUUAAAAUAACGUACCAUCUGCACUACACCUAAUUUAACCUACCCGAUAGUGUGACAUAAAAACGCAAUCUCAAGGAUGCCGUUUUAGCUUGUUUUUCGAUAUGUCAUCCAUGAGCUCUUUCAUUGUGAGUCAUGUUUUUCAUGGGAUUCGUGACCGAGCAAGCUUAUGUAUGGAAAUCAAAACAUACAGUAUGGAGCUGUAAUCAUAACUGUGUACGAAAACGAUUACAAGUGUUUGCUAUUUUACCGCCUCUAGUGUUCACUUCUGUUGGAAACUGCAGUGAUAUGUACUUAUUGGUUCCCACAGUUACGUUUUCGUCAUGAGAUCAGGUAGCUAACAACAAAUUAACCCAGGUUUUGCUACACUAAACAUAGUUAAACCAUGGUAUUUGUAGAAAUGGAAAUAAAUCUGGGGGGAAAAAACAUGGUUACUACAAUUCUACUAUAAUAAAACCUCAGUUAAUUUACGUAAGGGGAAAAUUUGCCUUGCUAAUGCUAUGCUCUGCCGGUUGAACUACAGCAACUAGCUCGCUAGCUGUUUUUAGUCAACAAGCUUAUGAAACAACUUUGAAUUCUACAACUUGAACCAACAAACAUUUUAGUGUUGUCUUGGGUUUCCAGAGGAAAUGUAUCUCCAUGUGGCAAAAACUAGCAUUAGCAGGUCAAUAUGGCUGUUAAUGUGAAAGGUAGGAGGAUAUAAGACUUCAGUCAGUAGUUAGAUGUUAAAACAUCCCCUCAUUUCAUUGUUUUCUAAACAUACACAGUUUCUAAUAGACCCUUCUGGCCACAAGGCACAUCUUAAAAGUACUGUUUUAUAUUAAAAAAAAAGAAGUAAUUUUUGUGUCUUCUGGUGUUCGUGAAAGGACCGCUGCCAUUCAACUUCCCAUUUAUCAUUACUGGACACUUGCAAGACUUUCCUGUUUAGUUUUUUAUAUAUAUUUUCCCACUAACACAAGCCAUUAAAUGAAACUAACACCUUCAGUAUUUUACAGUCCACAUAAGGGGUCCUAAGCAGUUUUUGUUCUGAACAUGAUAUAUUCUUCUGUAUGUACAUAUGAUUGCACUGUUGACAGAACAGCUUUGCUUUAUAUUUUUACUAAAUGUCAAGAGUAUUUAUUUAGCUAGAGAUAUUUUGGUGCUAUUUUGGAUGGAAAUGAAAAACUUAACAGUGAAUGAAAAAUGUGUUCCCUUUUAAAAGAAGUGAUUAUUUUUGUCUGAUUUUGUGGUUAGGAAUGCAAUUCGCUGUUUGUUUGGGGACAUUUUGAUGUCUUGAGUACUGUUCUGUUACACCUGAGCAUGGGUGCACACCUAAGGACAACACAAAUUGUUAAAACUCUUUUCCCAAGAAGUUUGAUCUUGUUCUGUGUCACAUGCAUUUUUACAUUUAACAAUCAGGUUCAACUCUUACUGUGUAUUAAAUGUCUAAUAAAUUGUGAUUAUUUGUAUAACAUGCAAUACCUUGGUAAAAAGAAUAUAUAUAUAAACUCACCGAACUGAGACAUCUAAUAAAGUUUCACAUCACUACA